CCAGCAGAAAUGUUACUCAAGCCAAACACUUGACACUAUAAUGGCCCCCUCCUGUUUAGGUGGAAGUGAUAGUGGUUGGGAUAGUUAUUUAGUGAGCAGCAGAAAUAUUAUUCUCGCUAGACGCUGGACAUGUCCUAACCUCCCUCCUGUUGAGGUGAAAGUGAUUGUAGAUGAAACAGUCGUAAAGUAAGCAGUGGGACUGUAACUCAAGCCAAACACUUGACCCUGUGCUGACCAACCUACUGUUUAAGUGGAAGUGACUUUGCCUGGAAAAGUUGUCAAGUUGGAAAAGUUGUCAAGUCAAGAAUUACAAGCCACAAAGUCGGGUCAGGUCAAUAAAACAAUGGGCGAGACGUGUAACAAGACAAGAAUUCUGUCAGUGGUGGUUGCUGUUCUUGUCUUGGUUUUGGCAGCCGUUGUUGCUGCGUUCAUUUAUAGAGAGACAAGGAACUUAAACGAUAAAACAGGGAAUCUCAUGCAGACAGAGCUGAACGAAAACACCGUUAAGGAUCUUUACCCAGGCUACUUCCGGAGUCAAGAAGAGCAGCUUCUGUUCGAUGAAGAAUUUCAUGAGUCCUUUUACUUCAAUAGAACGGUUAUACAACCGACCGAGUACAGAAUAGAGACCUGUUCAUUCACGUGUAAUACCACAUGGCCGCCUGUUACCAAAUGGCCGCCUGUUACGGGAAGAAAAAAACGGGGGAAACUGAUCCCACAGAUCUCAAUCGGUGUACACCACGGAUGUUGUACAUCCAUACCCAUGGUCCAUGCCCCAACAAAUCGCAAAAACCUUAAAGGGGACUAUCGCACAUUUCUGCAGUACGGGAGCAGGAAACAGUAUUUCACCGUCCAAUCAUGCACGGCGUGGAAGGACUGCACAGGGUGUGUGUGUUCUUCAGAGAAUACUUUGGUAACGGCCGUGGUUUUGAAAAUCGGAGUUAAAAAGGUGGAAUACCUUAACGACACGGAGAUAGACCAUUUCAACUUCGCUGGCUGCUGCAAAUGUGUCAACACAUAAUAUCUGAGUUGUGAAUACAAUGUUUAUUGCAUGAUAUGGCAAGGAAUAGUUUUGUUUCAUGCCCAUUGCACUUUUGAAGUUAUCUGUUAUUUAAUGUGUUACAAAUAAUUUAUCCUCUGCUAGUUUAGCUUUUGUGCAAAUGAUCGUCCAACGAUAAAUUAUGGCUUAACCUGAAUGAGAAAAAGUGAAAGUACAUGAGAAUCAGCUUCUGCUUUUUGAUUAAUAAACAUCUGAAAACGUGUAAAAAUACCAGUUUAAAGUAAUAUUAUGCGCAGCUAACAGUAUAUGCUAUGUUUAUAGGCGUAUAUCGCAACCGCUGUUUAUUUUUGGUGGUUUCACUUCACAUACACUUAUAUUUGUUAAUGCAGUAUCAACAUACUAAAAAAAUAUCCCAUAAAGAGAAAAUAAUGCAUUUGAACAUUAACCGCUCUUCUUUUUGACAGCAAUUAUUCGAUGUACGAUGUGAAUCUAAAUUUAGUUUAAGUGCAGAUUCGUUCAUACGACACACGAACACUAACUCCUAUCCUAAUAAAAAGACCAUUACGCUCGGCUUAGAGGACUGGGACAGUCAUGUAAAAUAUCGAAUAAAAUAUAUAUCUUUUAUAUAAAAAAACUGGUAGCAAGAUGAGUUGUAGAUAAUUGGUCAGUUACCACAUUUUAACUAUCUCUUUUGACCUGUUUAUUCGUAUCAGAUCAAUUCAACAGUGAAAAAUUCGAUUAAUAUCACCUAAACAAA